AGCAGCCUCUGGGUUUAAAUAUAUGAAAUCAACCAUGACCUUCAGCCUGAGACAGUAUUAGACUACGCGCAGUAUUCGACUCUUUUAACACGAGGGGUUGUUAUCUUACAUAUGGUGUCCCAUCAGGAUGUGUUUAAAGAUGAUAUUGUUUAUUACCUGCAUGACGACUCCAAAUGCGCGUUUAUUGGCUCUGUUGUGACGGUAGAUGACCGCCCACAACACAGUGAGACGGAAAGUGGACAUAAAAAAAGAGAUGAAAAAGAUCGCAUGGUUAAAAUUAGCUGGAAACAUUUUGGAGAUGCCAAUUUUGCACCAAACAGUCUUAAACUAAGUCAAGUUCAUUUUCUUGACAGAAGUUAUAUGCCUGGAGAGGUCGUUCAAAAUUUAGAAACUGAUACAAUCGGAACUGUCUCAAAUGUCUACUUGAGUGCUCAUGUUGAGAUAUUGGGUUACCAAAGGGCUAUUUUUGAUGUUCCUUGUAAUCACCUCAGAAGUGUCUAUCCGUGGACUACACUGGUUGACGAAAACUAUGUAAUUUGGAAUAGCUGGCUUGGAAGGGUUUCUGACUGUCGACUUUUAGCGAUUGUUCGGUUUUUGGAUGGAGCACGACUUUUAGUUAGAGGCAGCUGUUUGGAAUCCUUUGAAGCUGCUUCAUUUAAGUCGGACGCAUAUAAAUUCAAUACUUUUGAAGGCGCUUGGUUAACCGGAGAUGCUUUAAUGAUGCGAUGUAACAUAAGUCAUUCCACGUCUAAUAAAUUCAAUUUCUUUGGUUUAUCUCUGAGUUCCUUGAAAAAAUGUGAUAGCACUCAGACUCCUGCUACUGCUUCAGUGGGCAAUACUCAAUCAUCAUCCUCUAAUGCACCCAGUGAUCCACAAAACAAGGAUGCAAAAUACCCUGCCGGACAUCCCUUCAAAUUUCUACAAGCACUUUCUCAGUACCCUGUAACUAAAACAUUUGCUCGUUAUCCUGAACAAAUGUCCUGUCUUCUAAAGCGUACACCUAUUUUCCUAGUUGAGACACGUGCUCACAAUGCUGUAUGGCUCUCACGGUUAAAGUCAAAUACAGAAGUUGAAGUUUACGUAGAACAUUUAGCACCUGUCGAGGCUACUGUCCAUUGGUUCGCUAAUCAAAAUUCGCAAUCAGAUAAACCACCUCCGCGUGUGGUUCGUGGAUUGGAUUUGGGGAAUUUGAAGUGUGCUAUCCCAAGUUCGUUUAUCAAUUGUCAAAUUACUGACACUUGGUACUAUCAGCUUCAGGAAUCUGAUACUCUAUAUGACACAAGUAGUUUUGCACGACCUGGACAAUUAUUAUACAAAUGGUUUACUGAAGGUGCUGCCGGUUUACAGUCUGUGAGGACAUCUUUUCCAUCAUCAGGACAAGUGACGGAAAAUAUACUCGUUGCUGGAGAUAAGUCUAAUGAGGAGUCCGCUAAUAAUUUUGAUGGAUGGCAAAAUAACGCUUCCGAAUCUUCAGCUGAACGUUGUGAUAAUGCAGAAUUAUUUUUAAAAACUACGGAUAGAACAACACCAUUUUGGGCACAAGUUAAUUUGUUCGCUACACGGCGUCGUCGUAGACGAGUUACGGUGAAUCCGCGACAUCGUUUGUCUAAUGCAAACCUUUUCAACUGGGUUCAGAGGUAUAAUAAAAAUCCAUCUUUCGCUUCAUUCAUUGACAUCAGUGCUGAUGUUACAGAUAACGGAAGUGAACAAGGUGACCGCAGGUUACUAAAACGAGGGAAAUAUGAAUCACAAGAGCAGCCAGACAAAGAACCACAAAAGCAACUGUUCGAUAGUAUCGAUGAGAAUAAUCAUCCAGUGAUUAAGUUAACAUGCAAACGAGUUUCUUGCGAUAAUACCAAUUCUGAUGAUAAGAGUUUAUCGAAUUCUACAGAUUGCACUAUAAAAGUUGACUCGCAUGGUAAAUUAAAAACAAUUGAAAGUGUGACAUCGCCACUAUUAUCGCCCACGUCAACAACAAUCCUUCCUGUCGAUUCUGUUAUAACGAUGACGACAACAACACCCACUACUACUACUACUACUACUACUACUACUACUACUACAUCUGCUGUUAUCUCACCGAAAAAUGGUGCUAGUAUAUACCAGGACUCACAUUCACCUGCAGAUAAUGCACAUGAAAAGGAUAUCAGUCUGCUACCUGAUAGUAUAAGUAAUGAUGGACGUGAUGUGGCAAAAAAUCGCCUGACGAAAAAAUCAAAAUAUCAGUCUGCUAAUCAUCAACGAAUUUUAUCGAUUCAAGAAGAGAAUUCUCGUCAGUUCAAACCUGGUGACUGGGUGCCUGUACGAGUAUAUGCCACUAAAUCUGUGUAUGAUGUUAGGUGGAUCGAUGGAUCUGUAUCGAAGGGUCUGACUUGUGAUAAGAUUGUAGCAUACGGAGGAUUUGUAGAACAUUAUUUAUUCCCUGGAUAUUUAGUUUCCUUGAAGAGUGACAAAAACUGUCGUUCCCAGCCAAUCCCAAUGAAUUUGUCCGUGAACGAUUCACCAGCACCAACUGAAAGUACUGAGAAUGCAAGCUCUCCACUAUCAGUUAUUGAGUUUACUUGUGAUCAUCGACGUGAUCUUGGUGUAGUUCUUUCGUACAAUACUGAAGAUCGAACGUGUCUUGUUCAGUGGUUUACAACAAGAGUUAAUAAGACAGGUCCCAGAUCAAUGAUUCCUCUUGGCUGUCCUGAAGAAAUCGGUGUUUAUGAGAUUUCUGGUCCGGGAGAAUAUCAAAUGAAUUAUGGUGACAUUGUCUUAAUUAGAUCUGAACGUGAUAAUGAUUAUUCCACUUAUCCUGCUGGUGUUUUAGAAGAUAUUAUUCCCGAAUCAGGAAAGGUGUUAAUUCGCUGGAUUGAUGGUACGUCAAGUGAAGUUUAUCGUACAGACUGUCUACAAGCAAUUGAAACUGAUGAUGAUCCAGUAGAAGAUGAUGACUUCGACUCAUAUUUCAGUGAUUCAGUUGUUGAAGGAGACGAAGAUUGGGACUCGUUUUCUACUUCUUCAUACUCAGACGCUACUGAUUUUUCUUCUUCUUCAUCAUCAUCAUCAUCGUCCUCUACCACGUUUUCCGAUGAUGCUAUUGUGCAAUUGACACAACUUGCACAUGAAGAUGAUUUACGACCAGUUGGAGUCAAACUGGCAACUGCACGCUACCAUGUGUCAUAUGCUCAUAAGCUGUUUUCGGAUCGUCUCAUAUUUGUUUUAUGGUUGAUGCGCUGUUUUGCCAUGAUCCCAGGUAUUGCAGAUGACAUCUUGGAACAGAUUUACUCAGCACUGCGUGCUGCAGCUCUAAUAGAUUCUGAUGAGAUAAAUAUCAAUACAGAUUACUUUUCCUCUGUUGCUUCGAAGACACCUGAAAUCGAUGAAUUGAAUAGCUCUGUUAACACAACUUCUGUAUUACCAAGUAAAAAUAAUGUUUGGAAUGACGUUGAUGAAGUUGAAGCUAUAUCCUGUGUAGAAAUGCUCAGUUCAGCACGAUCAUCUCUCCACGAUGCUUUAGAACUGGUUAAUGAUUACCGGAUUAAAAAAAUGUGGCAUCAGUGCGAUUUUCGUUCUGUUGUGUUUGAAAAACAUUUUGGAGCAAUUCUGCGUUUAUGUGAAUCAUUUUCACCAACUGACAAUACCUGGGACAAUCAAAGCCCUUCCAAAUUCGGUAUUGUUAACAAUAUGAAAUCAAUCAGUCCGAGUGAAACAAACUUUCCACUACGUGGUCAUAGAAGAGGUUCAAGAAUUGAAGGUUUACGUACUAAUAUCACUUUGGUAAAUAGCAGUGAAACGAUUUUAAUAUUAGCCAAGUUUUUACGUGGAUUACAAAGGGAUAUUUUAGAACAGCUGAACUAUAUAAAUAAUGAGAUUUUGGCAUGGCUUCAUGAAUGCACUCCAAAAUGUCUUCUUCAACCUAUGAUAGAUGAUUCUGUUGUGUUACCCGAUGGUGUUCAGUUUUCUGGUGAUCUGGAUAUAACGAGAGCUACAACUGACGGUAAAAAUGAAAAGGAGUUAUAUGACAGUCUAAACUGUGAAGAGAACACUGUGACAUCAACUGAUGCUCCAGUUUCUGAUAUAUCACAUGGAGCGAAUGGGGAAAUUUUCGUGGAGAAUACUGCAACUACAGAUAUACAGAAAAGUGAACCCAUGAAGGUUGAGAAUACGCCAGCUGAAGUGUCGUCUGCUGACUUUCCAAUAAAUUCAGGUCUGUGUAGUCCAUCGGUAGAAUCACUCCCAAGCGGACAACGUGGUCAGUUCAUUAUGGAGUCAGCUGCUCCUCCUACCCAUCGAUUUUAUAAAACAACUCAGAAAAGUAUGCCUAAAACAUUCCAUAAAGCCUUGAAACGUGAUAUCUCUUUACUGUCCACUAUACUUCCAAAUAAUAUCAUAGUCAAGGGAUUUGAGGAUCGCUUUGACCUUUAUUCCAUAAUGAUUAUCGGGGCAUCAGGUACGCCAUAUGAACACUGUUUGUUCUUCUUUGAUAUUGGUCUACCAUCGAGUUACCCAGCAAUUCCACCACAGGUACACUAUUAUAGUUUUGGCAGCGAGAGAGUUAAUCCGAAUUUGUACGUUGAUGGACAUAUCUGUCUUUCUCUGCUAGGCACAUGGGAUGGUGAGGGUACUGAGAAUUGGAACUCAGAUAGUUCCAGCUUACUUCAAUUAGUUGUUUCACUUCAAGGAUUGAUUCUCAACUCUGAACCGUAUUUCAACGAGGCUGGCUAUGAAGAACGACGUUCAGUCCCAUCAUAUCAAGAACAAAGUCGUAUUUAUAACGAGGCUGUGAUAGCUCUCAAUUUGCAGUCAAUGAUCAGUAUUUUGCAAAAUCCUUUACCUAUUUUCCGUAAGGAGGUUAUUCAACAUUGUGUUGAAAAGCACAAAGAUUACCUGUCCUCAUUGGCAUUUUGGGCUUCACUGGAUUCUGCAGAGUAUGAACGUAUCAAAAAUCUUGACCAGAAUAGUAAAGAUAAGCAUUUCCCUGAAUUUCCACUACCUCCUGUUUCCAAGGGCUUUCAGCUCUCUAUCAAAAGACAUUCAAGUGUAUUGUCUAAUUUGAUAUCAUCACUAGAUGUGGUUGAAUAAAUAAAUAUUGCUUAAUUUACUCCACUAUUUACAAAUACGCUUUAGCAACCAGAAGACUGUUCCUUUUUGCUUGCGCUAUUUUUAUGCAAUUGUAUCACAAUCGUGUGUGUAGGUGUCAGCUUGUUUGUAUACCGAGGGAUUGCAUUUUCAUUGCUGUUUCUGUUUAUUUCUUAAACUCAUUUUGGCUGACAUUGUGCUUUUUUUUGUCAUUUUUACUUUUUUUUCUGCAAGAUUAUCUCUGUUUUGUAAACCUUGACACCGUCUUAAUUUCUAGAUAUCGGGUCUUAUCUGAGAGUUUUGUUCAUUAAAACUAUUAUUCUUAACUAUGAUAGUUAUAAUAAAGUAAUUUAUGACUCA